GAAAAGGUCGUGGCCCUGCUAGUAAUAAUGUUCUUGAAGAACGAAGGAAAAAAGCUGGGAAACCAUUGGAUCUAGAGCUUGAUCCUGUGACCAACAAAGUGGUUGGGUAGGAGGAUCAAGCUUUUAUUCGCAUGUUGGGAACUCUAGUUUCCAUGUUGUGUCCGGGGCAUUAUUUGGAUUUUGCUGAUGUACCUCAACAGUUUAAGGAUCAAGUGCUUGAUCGUAUGAGGUAUUACUAUAAUAUAGACGGUCAUCCACAACGUGAGUCAGUUCUGGCAACUCUCAACAAGGAGAUGGGGGAAAGAUAUCGCGAGAGAAAGAACUAUAGACAUAGACACUUCAAAAAUCAUUAUGCUGGACCAGAAGAUUUGGAGAAUGUCCUCUCUAAGCCACCUAACCAUUGCACUAAGGAGGCUUGGAAGCUUAUUUGUGAAAUGUUUUUGAGCGAAAGAUUUUUGGCUCGUUCCGCUAAAAAUCAAGUAAACAGAAGACAAAUGAAGUAUGUAACAACACAAGGCACAAAGUCGUUGGCAGCUAAGCGUCACGAAUAUGUAAGUGAAGAUGUUAAUUUAAUUUUAUAAAAUAACACAUUCUGAAACAUUUUGUUUACAUUUGUAUAGGAG